CCGCGCUCCGCCCCGCCCGCACCUAGUACCUGGCUCCGGAGCAGGUCCUCGCCCCUUCUGUCCGCGUCGGAGGGAUCCCGCGGCCCGCGCUGGUCUCCGGAUUCCCGGGCCCCGGCCCCGCGGUCCUCUGAUCCCAGCACCCCCGGGCAGGACCCUCACGGCCGCUCGCUGCACCCGCCGCGAUCUGGCCGGGAAGCGCCGACUUCCGCGUGGUGCCAGGCGGGGUCCACUCCGCCAUGACCUCGCUCGGGGACCUGCUGCGCGACUGGCACCAGGGCGCGCAGGCCGUGGCGCGCGGGGACUGGGACUGCGCCCUGCGCCUCUUCUCGAGCGUCUCGGAGCCGCCUGCCAGGGUGAGCUUCAACGUGGGCUGCGUGCACCUGCUGGCCGGGGACCCGGAGGCCGCGCUGCGGGCAUUUGACCAGGCAGUGACCAAGGACACCUGCUUGGCUGUCGGCUUCCUCCAGCGCGGAGUGGCCAACUUCCAGCUGGAGAGGUUCCAGGAGGCCCUGUCGGACUUCCAGCGCACCCUGGCCCAGCUGAGGGACAACACCACCAUCGACUACACCCAGCUGGGCCUGCGGUUCAAGCUGCAAGCCUGGGAGGUGCUGGUCAAUGUGGCUGCAGUGCAGAGCCAGCUGGGGCUCUGGGCCAAGGCCGCCUGCAGCCUGGGGGACGCCAUCUCCAAGGGGCCGGAAGGGGCCCGCAGCGACCUGGACAUCGCCCUGGGCCAAGUGCAGAAACAGGUCCCCCUGCAGCCUCGGCAGGUCCCCAGGGGUGAGGUCUUCCGGCCCCAUAGGCGGCACCUGGAGCACCUGGAGCCUGUGGAUUUCCUGGGCAAGGCCAAGGUGCUGGCCUCUGCCCUCGCCGCUGACUCACAGAGGGCCGCCCCGCUGCAGCCGCAGGCUCUGGACGCGUGUGCUGAAGCCAGGCCCGGGGCCGCUGCCUGCCCCAGGACACCUGCUGACACGGAGAUGGAGGUCAGCUCCGGCCAGGCUGGGCAGCACGACCACAGCACGCCGGUCACCCGCGAGAGUGCCCACGGGGAGCAUGCUGGCCAGCAGGUUCCUCCAGGGCUGCUGGCAGCUGGGGGGCCCGGCCCUGGCCCCUCUGAGGAACCCGCCGGCUCUGGGGGAGUGACUUCGAGGGACUCUGAGUCCUUGGUGACCGUCACCGUGCAGUGUGCCCUCACCCUGACCCUGACGGCCCCGAGAGGAGCUGACCUGUCCAGCCUGCGGGCCCUGAUGAGCCAGGCCCUGCCCCGCCAUGCCCAGCAUGCCCAGCUCAGGUGGGCCAGGACGACGUGGCAGGGCGGGGAGGGGGCUCUGGGCUGGGCACCUCUCAGCCGUGCCCUGCAGGAGGGCCGGGCCCGUCAGAGGCUUUCGAGGUCAGAGGUGAGCACCCUCCGAAGCUGCUCACCCACGCAGCCCCCUCUGAGGCGUCUCUUUGCAGCUACCGAGACCCCAGCAAGGAUGGGCGCUGGAUGCCCCUGUCUGGGGAUGAGGCGCUGCGGAGGGCCUGGCGGGACGCGGCCGGCCCCGGGGGUCUGCAGCUGCAGUGCCGGGGAGUGGGCGGCCGGCCGGCCCUCUACCAGGUGGUGGCCCAGCACGUCUAUUCCGCCCAGAGGCCCGAGGAUCUGGCCUUGCAGCCGGGAGACACCGUGGACGUCCUGUGCGAAGGUAGAGCCCGCACUGCCCGGGCCGGGGGUGCCCAAUGGGGGGUCUGCGCACAGACGCAGUGACAUGCUGAUCCCCGCAGUGGACCAGGCAUGGCUGGAGGGCCACUGUGAUGGGCGCGUCGGCAUCUUCCCCAAGAGCUUUGCCGGCCCGGCUGCGCGGCACACCUGAGGAGCUCGGCGGAGGAGGCCAGGGCGGGGAGGGUUUAAUAAAGGCCUCUGCCUCCCACGUG